AAUUAGAAACAAUAACGAUGACCAAGCAAUUAUGCACUCAAGGGUUGCUUAAUAUGCCAAAAUCAAUCCAGGACCUAUUAGAAGACAGUUUUGAAGGAAUGUUAAACCAAGAAACAGAGAUUCUUGUUUCAUGUUGUGACGGUUUGAUUGGGAGUCCUGAGAAAGCAUGUCUAUGUGAUAACAAAUUGGAUUCCACCAUAGAGACGGCGGAUCAUUAUAUGAUCCAUGAUCAUGUACAGGAAUUGUCAAGCCACACUUUUGAUAUUAAUUGUGAUAGAGGUGCACAGGAAGUGUAUGCCAGGAUGAGUGUUCCACUUAUGAAAAAUGCACAAGUUUCUGACCCACAUGAUUAUAAAAAAAUAUUGAGUAUGGUUCUUCUCAUAGUGCAACAGAGAUUAUUAACAGCAAAGAAAGAUACUAAGGGUCUUAUAAUGCUUCUAAAUCAGGAAACGGCGGCGAAAGACUAUCUUAUGGCAAAGGUUAAUGAUUUGGAAGAGGAACUUCGUGUUAUCAAAUGGAAAAACAAAGAGAUUCUGCAGCAGGCCAUCUUUGCUGAGAAUGGAAGAGUCACAAAAAUUCAGUGGGACAGAGAUGAGCUUCUUAGAAAAGUUUUGCAAAUGGAAUCAAGGCUAAAGCUUGAAGAGGUCGAAAGGAUUCAUCUGAAGUCAGAAAAAAUUGCCGCGAGUGCUGAGAGAGAAUUGUUGCUUCGAGACUUAAAUGGUAAAUCAAAACACUUGGAGAAGUUGGAAAGGCAUUUUGAAGAAGUGGAGACAAAGUCAAAGACCGAACUUCAAGUUCUCCUCAAAGAGGUGAAGUUUCUCAGGAAGUCUCAGGAAAGCAUUAGAGAAGUGCUAAACCAUUGUAUCAGAGAAAAUGAUGAACUAGAG